AUGCGGAGAGGGUAUCAGGCUGAUCAAUUAUUUUCCAACUCGGAUGAUCCCCUAAUUCAAAAAGUUCUUUCACAAUCUCUUUCCCUGGAAUCUGAAUAUCAUCAAAAUUUCACAGAUAUUGCCAAGUCAUCAACCGCUGCAAAAGCUCUUAUUUGCCUCUUCUAUGCGAUUAUUUUCAUUCUAAGCAUCAGCGGAAAUUCUCUCGUGGUUUUUGUCAUUCUUCGAAAACCGGAAAUGCGAUCCGUUGUCAAUAUUUUCAUCACUAACCUCGCUAUAUCCGAUAUUCUCAUGACCCUCAUUGCCACCCCAUUGACACCUGCCAUAAUUUUUGUCCGCGGGUGGUCGUUGAAUGUUUCCUGGUGUAAAUUGCUACCAACUGUAAUGGGCAUCACUGUUUACGUAUCCACGCUAACGUCAACGGCUAUUGCCAUUGAAAGGUGCAUAGUUACUGUCUACCAUAUUCUCCCCAAAGUUCGCCACUGGAUCUCAUUUCUGGGUGUUCUUUCGGCGUGGAUAAUUUCGAUCAUCUGCUCUUGCCCGCUGGCGAUCUAUCAGGAUAUUUAUUACGAUCCUAGAACUAACAUCACCAGUUGUCAAGAGAACUGGCCACAGAAGAGGUCACGAGCGGUGUUUACCGUCGUCAGUUUUGUUCUCCAAUUCAUAGUUCCCUCACUCAUAAUAACCGUCUGCUACACUAGAAUAGGUCUGGUGUUGCAGGACAGGGCCAACAAAAAGAUUGGAACAAAGACGCGUUUGAAGGAGGAGAACGUGUUGAAAAGGAAGCGACGUGCAAUAAAAAUGCUUAUUGCAAUGGUGGCGAUAUUCAUUAUCUGCUGGAUACCGUUAAACUGCCUCUGGUUGGUCAGUGACCUCGGAUGGUACGAUUUCUCCGAAUGGGGUUAUUUCACCCUCGUCUUCUUCAUUUGUCAUUUGUUUGCUAUGAGCAGCGCCGUGUAUAAUCCAUUCCUCUACACGUGGUUGAACGAGAACUUUCGAAAUGAAUUUGUUCAGAUUGUUCCAACCUGCAUUAUUCGAUCAAUCAAAAUGAGGUCGAGCAGUAGGGAUAUUUAUAAGGUGGUCACAUCUUCAGGACUUCAUUCUCAAGAGGAAACAGCAAGGAAGACACCCCUCAAUCCACAGACACGCGCCAUUAAUCCUCAAGAUGGAAUAAGGAUGAGUUCUGUCAUUCACCCAACGCCUAUUUAA